UGCACUGGAGUUUCCACUCCGUUGGAGAAUGCCAAGGAUGGAAGCAAGAUGGUUCAUUGAGGUUUAUCAACGAAGUCCAGAUAUGAACCCCCUCUUGCUUGAUCUUGCCAAGCUGGAUUUCAACAUGGUGCAAGCGAUAUUCCAAGAAGAUCUAAAACAUGCCUCAAUGUGGUGGAAGGGAACAGGUCUUGGAAAAAAUUUGAGGUUCAUCAGGGAUAGAUCGAUGGAGAAUUUCUUAUGGACUACAGGAGUAUUUUUCCAACCUCAGUAUGGAUAUUUUAGAAGAAUGACCACACAAGUUGGUUCACUAAUAACAACAAUAGAUGAUGUUUAUGAUGUUUAUGGAACACUGGAUGAACUUGAGCUUUUUACUGAUGCUAUUGAAAGGUGGGAUAUCAAUGCAAUAGAGCAGCUCCCAGACUAUAUGAAGUUAUGCUUUUUUGCCCUGCAUAACUCCACGAACCAAAUUGCCUCAGACAUUUUUCAGUAUUGGAUACCAAAAAUUCAGUAUACCGAAAAUUUCGAGUGGGGAAAGGAGAGAGAACACUGGAGAGGAUGAAAAAGGAAGAAAAGGGGUUAGAAGCAAAUAAGAUUAAGAAGAGAAUGGGAGGAAGAAACUAUUGGAAAUUUC